AUGGAGAAUAUUGACAGCCUCGUCGAGCGAGCGCGGGACCUCACGGUGCAGUUAAUGGACGAGCAUUAUGUGGACAAACUCCACGAGACGGUAGAUUCCCACCUUCAAAAGAUCUAUCAGGCUAUCUGUGCAUCGGAAGCGUCAAAGAAUGAUUUCCUCAAAACCGUUCAGAACGAGUCGGGCCCUGAUAGCCCGCCAAUUGCGGAGACACUGGCCUCGAUAGACGCCUUCCGAGACUAUAUGCAAGAUGCCACUUCUUCCGCUCAAGCACCUGUCAAGGAGUUGGAUGAAUCUGCUCCCAUCUCGAAUUAUUUUGUGUCUUCGAGCCAUAACACGUACUUGACGGGUAAUCAGCUAUAUAGUGAUGCCGCUGCCAGUGCGUACACAUCUGUCCUUCUUCGCGGAUGCCGCUCUGUUGAGAUUGACGUCUGGGACGGAGAACUGAAGGAGCCAGACUCGAGCGACAGUGAAACAAGCAGCGAUAGCAGCAGUGCCUCAGAUGAUGAAAAGAGCGGAUCGUCGGAUACCAAGACCAAAGAAAAGACCAAGUCUAGGAGCGAAACCAUACAGCAGAAAUCCAAGGGCCUAACGCACGCAGUUUCGACAAGAUUGAGCGAUGCCCUGCGCCGCAAAACAACAAAGAAGCCCGAUUCGACUUCCACGGUCUCCAAGAAAGAUGUGAAAGCAACCAGCGAUCAAAUCUUUGGGGAACCUAGAGUUCUCCAUGGACAUACGCUGACCAAGGGGACGUCAUUCCGCAAGAUAUGCUAUGCCAUCCGUGACAGCGCCUUUGUCAAGAGUGAUUUGCCCGUGAUUGUCAGCUUCGAAGUGCACUGUUGUUUGGAGCAACAGCAAAUCAUGGUUGACAUUAUGCGAGAUGCUUGGAAAGGGCUUUUGGUGGAAGUUUCGCCCAACUUAGCGGCUGACAAGCUGCCCAAGUUAGUGGAUCUGAAGCGGAAGAUCCUGGUUAAAACCAAAUCCAUGCCUUUGACCACUGAACCCAAACUUGAAACACCACCCGAGGCGACAACUCCCGAGGAAUCUGUCCCGCAAGCUGCGGGAGCUCAACAGCAGAAACCGGCCAAGCCGAUCAAGGUUCUUGAAGCUCUAGCCAAGAUGGCCAUCUACACUAGAGCAUUUACUUUCAGUCACUUCGACCAGCCAGAGGCCAAGGUCCCCGGCCAUAUCUUUUCUCUCUCCGAGAAGGCAUGUCGCGAUGCUCACGUCGAUCAUCGCGACCGGCUAUUUGAACACAACCGCUCAUCUUUCAUGCGAAUUUACCCUUUCGCCUUCCGCAUAAACUCAUCAAACCUUGAUCCAGCUUUCUGCUGGCGACGAGGAGCUCAGGUCGUAGCUCUCAACUGGCAAAACCUGGACAAAGGAAUGAUGCUUAACCACGGCAUGUUCACAGGCACAGCUGGCUGGGUAUUGAAGCCAGACGGAUAUCGAAGCGCUGAACCUACUUCAGACCUCAUCCAUCGCCGCACGCUGACUCUGGAGCUGGAGGUCUUUGCGGCUCAGGAUUUAUCAUUGCCGCCUGGCGAACAUAAGGAGAAAGGGUUCAAACCCUAUGUGAACUGUCAACUGCAUGUCGAGGAGUCGGAUGGUCCUGUCCCUGCUGGUCGUGAUGAUGCUAGCUCCGACUCUGAGAAAAGCAGCUUCCGCCGGUGUACUAAGAGCUCAUCUGGCAUCAAUCCCGAUUUCAAGGGGCAGAAGCUAGUCUUCCCAACCGUGACGGGCGUGGUGGAGGAGUUAAGUUUCGUUCGGUUCAAAAUCAAGGACGACGAGAUCGGUCGUGACUCCUUGGCUGCUUGGGCUUGCAUCCGGCUCGAUCGACUGCGUGAAGGAUAUCGAUUUGUUCAUCUCUACGAUUGUGCCGGCGGAAAGAAGGGGGCAGUUCUGUUGGUCCGUGUUACGAAGCGGGCUUCGUGA